AUAUAUAGGAUAUAUAUAAAUACUCUCUAUCCUCCAUUACAGCCUGAAUAAGUGUGACCAGAAAGAGUGAGGCGGCGAAGACCCAAGUGAGAGAGAACUCCAUGGAAGACACAAAGAAAACUAUGGAAGAGAGAUUAUUACUGAGAAACCAGAGGGAAUUAGAAGAGGAUGAGAAAAUUACAUUUAUAGAAAGAUGGCCAACAAGAGUAAUUCUCAUUGAAGAAGUAAAAAGGGUGGGAAUAAUAGCAGGGCCUCUAGUGGCUGUCAUGUUUUCUCAGUACUUAUUGCAGAUUAUUUCAACCAUGAUGGUUGGUCAUCUCGGUGAACUCGCUCUCUCUAGCACCUCCAUAGCCAUCUCUCUCUCCGGUGUUACCGGUUUCAGUGUUCUUGUAGGAAUGGCUAGUGCACUGGAAACUCUGUGUGGGCAAGCUUAUGGAGCAGAGGAAUAUAAGAAACUUGGACUUCAAACUUACACUGCUAUUUUUUCUCUGUUUUUGGUCUGUUUUCCUGUAACUUUGAUAUGGAUUAACAUGGCAAAGAUACUUACUUUCACAGGUCAAGACCCUCUUAUUGCUCAAGAAGCUGGCAAAUUCACAAUUUGGCUUGUUCCUGCUCUCUUUGCCUAUGCUCCUCUUCAACCACUUAUUAGAUACUUUCAGAUGCAAAGCCUGAUAAUUCCAAUGCUCAUAAGCUCUUGUGCCACUCUUCUUUUCCAUAUUCCCCUCUGUUGGAUCCUGGUUUUCAAGUCAGGAUUGAAUAGCCAUGGAGGUGCAUUGGCAAUCGGUAUUUCGAAUUGGUUGAACGUGAUUUUGCUCGGAUUGUACAUGAAUUUCUCUUCUGCUUGUGAAAGAACCCGUAGUCCAGUUUCCGUGGAACUCUUCCAUGGCGUUGGACAGUUUUUUCGCCUCGCCAUCCCUUCUGCAUUAAUGGUUUGCCUUGAAUGGUGGUCAUUUGAGCUGCUUGUUCUGCUUUCUGGCCUUUUACCAAAUCCACAGCUUGAAACCUCCGUUCUUUCUGUAUGUCUCAAUACCAUUUCGACUCUCUAUACAAUUCCAUUUGGGCUUGGUGCUGCAGCAAGCACAAGAGUUUCGAAUGAAUUAGGAGCUGGAAACCCACAAGCUGCUCGAAUUGCUACAUGUGCAGUGAUGUUUCUUGCAGUGGCAGAAACAAGUAUAGUUAGCACAACCCUCUUCUUCACCCGCAGAAUUUUCGGCUACACUUUUAGCAACGAAAAGGAAGUCGUGGAUUACGUGACCAAAAUGGCUCCUCUGGUUUGUCUCAAUGUUAUUUUCGACAGCUUACAAGGGGUCCUUUCAGGGGUGGCUAGAGGAUGUGGUUGGCAGCAUAUAGGGGCUUAUAUCAAUCUCAGCGCGUUUUAUCUUUGUGGGAUACCAGUUGCUGCCAUUUUGGGUUUCUGGUAUCAGCUUAGAGGAGAGGGUCUCUGGAUUGGAAUUCAACUUGGUUCUUUUAUGCAAACUGUUCUGCUUUCUCUUGUAACUAUUAGUACAGACUGGGAGAAACAGGCUAACAAGGCAAGGGAGAGGAUAGUAGACAGCAAAUGAUAAAAGAUACAUUUGACGUCAUCGUCAGAUUGAGAAGCAACAUUUUGAUGAGCAUGCAUUUUUAACUUUGUUGUAACAAGAAAAAAAUAUUGCUUACUAGUUUUUCCCCCUUUCUUUGUUUUUUUUUUUUUUUUUUUUUUUUGUUUUUUUUUUUUUUUUUGUUUUUGUUUUUGCUCUGAUAUGUGUAUCCUAGCGGUUUUGUACAUGAUGAGCAAAACUGUAUAACAAAAAUGUUUGACAAUUUUGCUGAGGCAUAUAACUCUUCCAAUCAUCAUAUUCUGCUUCUUGAAUGAUAGAAAAAUGUUUGAUCUUGAAAA